ACUUAUCCUUUGUAACAUUGUUUAAAUGUCACUUGAAGAAGUUUCCCAGAGACCGAGUUCUGCGUCGUCGAAAGAGCACUUUUGUUCGAGCGAGAGAGAGGCUUCCUCUAGACUUACAGCACGCCUAGAACGCUCGGUCUAUAGGCGAUCGCGUGGAAAACAUCGAGUAAACUAUCAUGAUUCCUCUGGUUCAAGCCGCAGACGGGAACGGCAUCAGGAUUACGGCCAGAGCAAUAAUAUGGAGAACGGAAAUCAAAGAGGUCAGCGUGAGAACGACAGGCCUUUGCCUUUGAGAGAAACACCCCCCUUUUACGACCGCAGGCAGGAUGCCAGUCAACAGUUCUACAGAAAAUCUGCAACUGGUGACAUAAGAAAACACGGUCGGCCUCAGAGCUGGUACGGAGCUGAAACUCCGGAAAGAAAGUUCAAAGAGAGACCACAAAGCAUCCAUGAAAUUUCACUGGAUCGAAACAAACAGAAGAACAACUUUGUCCCUGGAAGUGACUACCACAGCUUCUCGUACGAUACACGUUCAUCGAAAUCUGGUUAUAAAAGUGCUGGCUCUAGAGACCGUAGAAGUAGACAUUUUGAGUUGUCAAGAUCGUUGUCGUCGAGUUUUAGCUCCCAAGUAGGGUCCUCCGCGGAUGAGGGUGAAAGGGACCGUCAUGGGGUGGACUCCGCGUAUGACAUGACAGAACGAUCCCCAUACGGGUCCCUCGUACUAAGGCGUUUUAGCCAAUCAAGUUUAAGCUCCUCUAGCGCAUCUUGGCAACAGUCCACGAACUCGUUGAGUCACCAUGCCGUGAGAGGUCAUGGGGGAUCUGGGUCACAAGGCACCAGUUCCCCAGAUAAGUUCCACAGGCACAGAGAGCAUCAGCGCCAGACAGUUCACAAAGAGGUUUUCUUAAAACAAUCUCCUAAGAUUUCCGAACAUAUUUCGACCACGAACGCAACCUUUAUCUCUGCGGCACCAGUGACCCAGUAUUCGGGUCACGCAAUUCGCGUCAACGCUCGACCUCAUCGGUCACACAAUUCUCACGUUUACGUUCAAGCGACUCCUUACUCUUCCGGUCAUCAUGUCACGACAUCCGUUCCAAAUCGGUUAUACAAUCACAACGUCACGGACUCCGCCGACAACGUUUCGCAGGUGUACCCUUCUGUCACGCAAGUUUCGUCUGCACCUGCGCAAUCGCCACGAAAUUCUUGGACGCUAGAUGAUGAGGACGACGCGGGGCAACUGAGCCCGUCGGUGAAAGAUUUAGCGAAACGUUUCAGCGGCGAAUUUCUUCCCGAAUCAUUUGAGGAACUGCGCGAAAUGAAUGAUAGAGAACGGAGGCGCGUCAAGGCUCAAACAUGGCCAAAGUUUGCGUAUGUCCAUUCUCCGAAGGAUGGCGUUGCCCACGGUGAACAAGAUCACAGCCACGAAGUUGCACCGCCAAAACCCCCGUAUCCACAGAGUAUAGUAGAAGACAUGGACACGAAUGUGGAAUCAAGAAUCAGCAGAAACGAAGCCGACGGUUCAUUACUAGCACCUGAUAAGAGUUACACUUUGACGGCGCAUAGUCAGUGGAGUAACAUGGACGGCUCUGUAAGCGCUGAUAUACUUGCCUCGCAUCGCUUAAGUCUACAGGAGCUUAUCAAGCUACAUGAAGACGAAAUAGCCAAGCAUGCCAAAAGCGCCAAGGCAACAGCGCAUGCCCAGAUUUACCUGAAACGCCCCUUGAACGAAAAGGCGCAAAGCCCACAAACGUCACCGCGAGAGCUUUCAAGGGAUGAGAACUGGGGCGGGUCAUCUCCGACUUCUCACAAACAAUUUUCAGUCGUUAAUAGGGUUGUGGAGAGCAAGUCAGCGGUAUCCCAGUAUGAUUCUGUCGAAAGGACGCCGAUAAAGGUGUUUGAGGUCACCGAUAAGGGCAGCACGCCAUCUGUUAACUCAGAAAUACGAGAGCGAUCCCCGGUCAAAGCCAAAAGGCACCGGACAAUCGGCGUUGUCGGGUUCCGACAACAGAUUGAUCGCAUCUCCGAAGAAAAAGCCGAGAAUAAACCGAAGCGUCACACAGCGAUCGGGAUUGUAAGCGUCAAGGCUGUGGAGACUUCAGAACGUCAGCUGGUGAAAGAGGAGACUUGUGUGGUAAGCCACACGGGGUAUGGAAUGAACAAAAUUCAAGAGAAAGGGCUUGAAAGCUUGGACAGUGAACAGAGAAACAACGACGAUGUGCUAAACCAAGAUUCUCGACAAACUCAUAUGAGCAUGAGGGUCAAAAAACGUAAAGAAUUUGAUAGGACGGGGAGAAUUCUCUUGGAAGACGAAGACAUCCACGAUGAGGUUUUCGAGCGUACUGAAACAUCUAUACAAUUCGUUCGUGCCGAAGGAGUCGUUCAAGUUCGACCGGAGUCCGAGCAUAGCCGAGAGCUUAAGACAGCAAGACCUGACGAGCUCACGAAGGGCGAAGGAUCGACUAGAAUCGCAGUUGCUUCUCCGGAAAAACCAGGUCAACCUGUUGAGCCGAUAAGCACCCAGGCUACGAGCUUACGGACCGACCGUCGCAUGUGGAACGUUCCGGUUUCAGAUCGUGCGCAUAAUUAUCCCAAACCUUACACCAUAUCUAAGGCUGUACCAGUCGCACAGGUUUCUCCAGUUAGUCCAGCUCUUGAACUGUCUUCCAGAGCUACUCUUACUAAGGAUAAUUUCACGGAACCUUUACCACUUUCUAAGUCUCAAUCUGCUCGAGAAAUGUACGAAACGAGACUUGCCUUGUGGAAUUUGUAUCCUCUCGAUUCAAGCCCAGCUAUACAUUCGUCGGAAACCUCUGGAAAUACACCCCUAGAUGAGAAAAUUGGAGUUGCAACCGAGCGAAAUAAUUUAGGAUCAAUAAAGCCUUUGGAUGCACCGGAAAACAGAAUGAUACACGAAAAUGCAACGAAGAACGAACCAAGUGGUUUAGCGAGGCCGAACCUGGAGGAAUAUUACUUGAAUUUUAUAGAGAAGUUAAAACACGAGAACAAAGACUUGAUCGCGAAACACGAGGUAGAGAAGCGAGAAUUGAGACAGAAAUACGAGGAACAAAGAAAAGUGGCCAAUGCUUAUCAAAAGCUAGAAGACAGGUAUAGACGUCGCGUGCAUGAGCUACAGGAAGCUCUCGCCGGCUGCACGUGCCAAAGCCCAUUUGUCAAUCAAAAUCACGCUAAAGUACCACAAAGAAGUGACAAGGACGGUGACAGGUCUAUCGUCUCAAAUAUCAAAGGGUUAAAAACACUCGACGACCUGGAAGACUGGUCGAGCGAAAACUCAAAAGACAACAGUGCUUCUAGAAAGAACAACAACACUGAGAGUAGAAACAGUUUAAUCAGUAGCUCGUCCGACAUGACGGGUACCGCGUCCGCCUGGGACGAGCUCUAUGAUCGGCUUAGAGCCACAGGUGAGAUUGAUGUGGAGAACGGUACGCAUGUCUGACGUAACAGUUCAGCGCCAUUUUGGAUUUAGGUAGUGCGGACGAGCUUGUUAACUUUCAAACACCCUCGUUCUAAGUGGUCAGCGAAAAAUGGCGUUCCCUUGGCACCUGCCUUUGUUUACCAACGGUAACAUAUGGGGGUCAGAUGUAAAUGAGCAAGAGAACUGUGCGAAUUUUUAGAUGAAAAUAAUACAAAUUUUGUUACGUUUAGUUGAAUCUGCAGUCAACAAGGAGUUGCACUUGUCUGAGUUCUUGCGUUAACCAAGUUGAUAUUUCAGCCUAAUAGACGAACAGGCUUAAAAUGGAAACUUUCGUUCUCAGUAACUUUCUUUUAGUGAAAUACUUUCAUUUGGCAAUUUUGGCGGGACAUGUGGCAUCCGUGGAGUGUGUAAAACUCGUCCUCGGGAUAAGCUUCUUUCGCCCAUUUUCUGGCGAGCUUGCACUGACUUAUGGGAUUGAAAUAUUGGGGUUAGUCUCUUGGUAAAAGUACCCUGUAGAGUGCCAAAAAUUAAAUUUUUUCUGGAGUAAUGGUGUUAAAUUACAUGUGUUGCCGUUUGGUAAGCCUCUUAUAAAUCGGUUUUGAUCCGUAUCACACUAUUAAGGUCAAAUGAAUCGUUUUAAUGCUGGCAGAUAUUUUUCACUUGUGCGUCCCUCAAUUUUUCUUGACCAUUAUCGUCUUCGAGCGCUUUGUUAAAAAAAAAUUAUGAAAAAUCAACGGUGCUUCGUGGCCUAUAGCAGUAGAAAUCACUUUGUCACUCAGAAUGUGUCAUUUUCGGGACCAGUCGUUAUUUAACGGGGGGGGAGGUGAGGGAUCAUAUGGUUUUCAGGGGGAACGGGGAAUAGUGCGUCGUCACCAACAGAGUAUCAAGGGGAUCUUUAGGAAAUUGACAACAAAGGGGGGGGGGUCAAAAGAUUAUUACAGAACCUUAUGGGGGAACCCAGUAAAUUUAUCGUGACACAACUAAACCGACUCCCCCCUCCCCGCUCCCCCAGGGGGUAAAUAAUGAGGUUCUUUAGUGCUCGUUUCAAACGCUUUUAGAGGUUGCUAAAGUAUUUCCAAACAGGUAUAUGUAAGAAGUGGCCCGAGACUCUCAUUUUAAUUGUACUGAUUAUAUGUCACUCGUUGUUUUACCUCAUACUUUUACUCUGUCCGUCUCUUAGACCAGCGUGUCGUUUCAAUACAUUGAUAAACUAAAAAAUGGCGCCUAUUUUGAAAAUUAAGAGUUUAUGAUAGAUUUCAGAAUAAUUCGCCAAAUGCGAGUGCUGUAAAUAUCAGGUUAAUCCAAAGAGCGGUAAAAGGUUUUGUAAAGCUGUAAGAGUCAUCGACUUUCUUGGAAAGGAAACAAUUUGCAAGAGACUGGUAUUCUGA